AUGACCAGAGAAAACCACAUAUUAUUUUUAACACUUCCGCCUCAUACAUCCCACAAACUCCAGCCUCUUGACCAAACAGUAUUUGGCACUUAUAAAACAUUUUAUAAUCAGGCUGUAAAGGAAUGGAUGGUGGAAAAUAGGCGUCCGAUUACUAUAUAUAAUAUAGGUGGUUGUAUUACAAAGGCUUAUGGCCGAGCAUUUUCUGUGCAGAACAUAACAAAAGGGUUUCAAGUGACUGGAAUUUGUCCUUUGAAUGAAGGGAUUUUUGGUGAUGAUGAAUUUCUACCAUCCUAUGUGACUGAUCGCCCAUACAACACACUGAUGACACAACCCAAGGUACAAUUGAAACUGGAUCACAACCUGGCCCGUCUAAUGAAUCUGAUGAAACACAUCCACAUUCCACAGCCUACCCUAAUUAAUCCAAGACAUAAUAUAGGCCUAGUAAAUUCAAUUGUUAGUCCAGAAGACAUACGACCGUUUCCCAAAGCACCUGAAAGGAAACUGAAUGCGACUCGGAAAGGUAGAAAAAAAGGUAGAACCCGUAUUCUAACAGAUAUUCCAGAAAAAGAUGAAGUAGAGCUAAAUAAAAAACCAAAAACACUAACAAAGCCCAAAAUUAAUUUAGUUAAAAAAAAAUGUAUUAGAAAAAAAUUAAAAUUUGUGACUAUUGAUGAAAACAGUGAAAAAGAUUGUGAAAAUCAUAAAAUAAUGAAUGAUGAUGAUAGUGAUGAUAUCAUAAAUGAGGUUGAAGAAAUGGAAAAAUAUCAAAGAGAAGAUGACUAUUUACUCAGAACCAAAAUCAAACAAGGUGAUUUUAUUCUCAUUAAAGUUAAAGCGAAAAAAAGAUGCCUUCACUAUGUGGCUGAAAUUGUUGAUGUAGUAGGUAGCAAUUAUAUCAUCAAUUAUUUUCAUAAGACAAGCAGCAACAAAUUUAUUGAUGGUAAAGAGGAUCAUGAUGAGGUAACAGAUAAUGAAAUAGCGAGGUAA